AUGUUUGGUUGCUGCACAUGCAGCGACGAGCACUCCUCCCGGCUUUGUACAGCAAGCGACGCUGCAGAGGACGGGGUCCCGGACAUGGUGGUUGAGACCGCUGGCAAAGAAAAGAGCUACGCGAGCACUGCUCCUCCGCCAGUUGCUGGCCAGGAUGACAAAGAGUUGGCCAAACAAAGGCUGCAGCGCCUCAUCCGCGACUUCGCACAUGAUGUGGUGAGCAAUGGCCUUUCUGUCCAGGUAGCGACCAACGAAUCGGAAGGAGGCCCUGAAGAGGGCACCUUGCGGCUGGAUCGCAAGCUUCGGCAGGUGGAAUUCUGGCAAGGUGAAGGUGUUGCGGCGACGAUUGUCCUGCCAUUUUCGGAGGUGGAGUCGAUUUCAAAAGUGGACACUGAAGAGGGAAGAGACGCACAACCCAGGACAACACUGUCGCUCUUCUCGAAGGGAGAUGAAGUCAGGGUGACCUUUGAGUCGACUAUGGCCAGAGACCGGGCCUUCACGUGUUUCAGGAUAUUCCACAUGUCCGCUUCUCACGUCCAAGCAAGAGACAAUAGCCGCUAG